AUGAACCCCGCGGUGAAGCAGCCCGCCGCUCGCAGGACCUCGCCGCUCGCAGGACCUCGCCGCUCGCAGGACCUCGCCGCUCGCAGGACCUGGCCGCUCGCAGGACCUCGCCGCUCGCAGGACCUGGCCGCUCGCAGGACCUCGCCGCUCGCAGGACCUCGCCGCUCGCAGGACCUGGCCGCUCGCAGGACCUCGCCGCUCGCAGGACCUCGCCGCUCGCAGGACCUGGCCGCUCGCAGGACCUCGCCGCUCGCAGGACCUGGCCGCUCGCAGGACCUGGCCGCUCGCAGGACCUGGCCGCUCGCAGGACCUCGCCGCUCGCAGGACCUCGCCGCUCGCAGGACCUCGCCGCUCGCAGGACCUCGCCGCUCGCAGGACCUCGCCGCUCGCAGGACCUCGCCGCUCGCAGGACCUCGCCGCUCGCAGGACCUCGCCGCUCGCAGGACCUGGCCGCUCGCAGGACCUGGCCGCUCGCAGGACCUGGCCGCUCGCAGGACCUCGCCGCUCGCAGGACCUCGCCGCUCGCAGGACCUCGCCGCUCGCAGGACCUCGCCGCUCGCAGGACCUCGCCGCUCGCAGGACCUCGCCGCUCGCAGGACCUCGCCGCUCGCAGGACACCGGACGCUCCUCCACGGCCCUCAGCCCUUUCACCGUUACAUAAUCCAGCCCCGGCCGAGUCCACACACUCAGCCUUUUAUCGCAGCGCUCCUCAAUACAGCAGCUUCAGUCGAGCUGCGCCCACAGACCACAGACCCACAGGAAGGUCUGCAGCUGAAGCCACUCUCUGCGCACUGCUGCCACGGCCUCCGGGGGCGCUGUGGGGCUGCACUGUCACCUCACAGCAAGAGGGUCCCAGCUGGAGAGCCCGGAAGCCGAGCCCGGAGACCGAGUCCAGAGACCGAGCCCAGAGACCAAACCCAGAGACCGAACCCAGAGACAGAGCCCAGAGGCCGAGCCCAGAGGCCGAGCCCAGAGGCCGAGCCCAGAGGCCGAGCCCGGAGACCGAGUCCAGAGGCCGAGCCCAGAGGCCGAGCCCAGAGUCCGAGCCUGGAGACCGAGCCCGAAGAGGACAUGGAUCUGUGCAUCUCCUGCUGCAGCAUUUCAGACUCCUCAGUUUAA